GCCACCGCGUGCUCCUCGACCUUCACCCCAACCACACGCGCUCAACCCUUAUCGCAAGACACACACGGCCAGAGUCGCGCGCAUCCCAGCUGCCGUUCUAGCCUGCUUUCUGGCGCUCCCCUGUGUACCGUGCACGGCAUCCUCAACGCCUAGUUGCUCUUAGCAUACUCCGUCCACACGGCGCAAACUAGCCACCAUGCCCGACGUCAAGCGAUGGGUCAAGCUCAUCACCCACCAGAAGCCGCUCGACGAGCCAUCGCCAGUUGAGGGCUUCCCCAUGCGGUCAUGGAGUAUAGAGGUCUGGCUGCUAGACGACCAGGGUAAUGAGGUCAUGCCCAAUGUCUUCGAGAAGGCCGUCUACAACCUGCACCCGUCAUUCGAGAAGAACAAGCAUGUCAUCAAGAAGCCCCCGUUCCGUAUCGACGAGAAGGGCUGGGGUGAGUUCGAGAUGACCAUCGUCUUGACCGCUGUGGGCAAAGGCGGCGACCACACACUCGACCAUGACCUCAACUUUCAGUCGGAGCGCUACGAGGCCAAGCACCAGGUGACCUUCCGGAAUCCCAAGCCUGAGCUGCUUGCACUUCUUGCAGAGUCUGGUCCCGCCGAGGCAAAUGGUGUGCGUAACAAGGAUGCAGUCAAGAAGAAGAGCCGAAAGGACAAGAACGUAGACAUGGAGAAGUUGGCGGAUGGCCUGCAAAAGCUUGGCGAGGACGAUCUUUUGCACGUCGUCACCAUGGUUCACGACAACAAGACGAGUGAGACGUACACCAAGAACGACGUUGAGAACGGCGAGUUCCAUGUCGAUCUGUACACGCUGCCUGAUUCCCUCGUCAAGAUGCUCUGGGACUUUACGGCCUCGAAGGUGGACCUCUAGACCAGCCCCUGCAGUCUCGCAGUCUAACCAUCCAUCUUUGACCUGGCGCACCCUGAUCGACAAUUACACAUGCAAUGUGUCAAGUGCCGCCGUUCCGCCAUGUUGCCGAUCCCCAAAGACCUGACAUCAGCAGCACCACCAUGCCCCUUUCCUUACCGACAAGGCUCACAUCCUGUCAUUGACGUGUACCCAUGCGAGGCCUUUUUCUACAUCUGAAUGUGACAAGGCCGAUAUCCCGGGGGAAAGUUCCCAUAUUCUAUAUGUCUUUUUUUUCCUUUUAUCUCCGACUGCUAAGUAGUAAUUCAUGAGCCUCGGAGUUUGCCUUUUCUUUUCUUUUCUUUACACGGCCAACAAAAGCUGGGAUGGUGGUUUUAAGCAAAGGUCGGCACAGAAAGUCCCAACUUUUCAUGUCUUUUGGGGCGAUUGGGGGAAAUACACAUGGGGAGGCGAGUUU